AUGGCCAACGUUGACGAUUCUGAUCAGUCUGACGGCAGCGAAAUCUCCACCAACAGAAAUGACCCCAUAUUACACUUCCUCUUAAUUGUGAUUGUAAUAGUAGCCUUCACCGUCUCCAUCUACCGUCUCAUCAUUGCCAUCCGCCGCCUCCGCCCCCAAAUCAGGGGAAGUACCCUUCCCAAUUCUCGAGUGCCUGCACAAUCAGAGUCGACACAGGGCCCUGUCGAUCAUGAUCAUCAGCCGCCGACAGUAAUCGAGCUGGUCCCGCCGCUUGAGAAUGAAAAAAACGGCAGCAGAGGCCAUGAACUAUUAUCGGUUGGACAAAACGACAUCGUUUUCGAAAAAGCUGGCGAGGGAAGAAUGGUGGGAAACGACGCCAAUGUUUGUGCCGUUUGUCUUAGCGAAUUCGCAGAGGAAGAGGAGCUGCGGAUACUCCCUGAGUGCUUGCACUCGUUCCACAAGUCUUGCGUCGACACGUGGCUUUUCUCUCGUUCCACUUGUCCCAUCUGCCGCACCAAAACCGCCCUACUGUCUCCGCUGCCGCCAGAGAUCGGACGAUAUCGGACGGAGGAGAAUGAUCACCGUAUAUGA